AUGACCGUGCUUUCUGACUUACCUAUCGAAGUUCUUUUGGAUAAUUUAUUGCCUUGGCUAGCAAUUCCAGAUCUCAUCCAUCUGGGACAAACAGAUCACUUCUUUGCACGAUUGUGCAACGAUGAGACAUUCUGGAAGAGGAAGUUGGAAGAGGAUUUCAAUUUUACAGAUGAGAGGACCGCACGAAUAAGCGGAUGGAAACAUCUCUAUAGAGGUUUACUCAACCCCAAGACUUACGUAUGGGGCGAGACUUCAAAGGGAAGAUUAGGAUUGAGGAAGAUACCAAGCACAACUCUUCGUGAUGUUCCAUACCCAGUUGAGUUGCAGAUCAAAUCAGGCGCGCGUAUAGUCAGUCUCUCAGCCGCUGGAUGGGCAUUCUUUGCACUGGACUCUGCUGGUAGCGUACAUGUGUGGGGAACUUUGAAUGGCACCUCGUAUGCUCUACAACACGAUGGGUACUCCGAAUCGGCAAAACCAGCUCAUACACCAUUGAGGCUUGACAUGCCAUCUCCUACGCGGAGCAUUAGUUGUGGGCGGCUGCAUGCUACUACGCUGGACGAUCAGCAUCACGUUUGGACCUUUUUAAGCUGGGGCCGUCCCUUCAGGCUCGACACACCGGCACUCAACGCAACAACGUUGGAUUCCACACCUGCGCUGGUCGAAUCUGGCUGGAACUUUUCGUCAGUCCUUACCAAAUCUGGUGAUGUGUAUGUGUGGUGGCCGUUCUCUGCACCUCUCAAGGACGUCAUCGCUGCACAAGAUGUGGCUAUGGAUGCCGCGAAUCAAAGGGCUCACGCUACAGAGAGUGGUGUUAUCCCAUGCUCGACAUGGGAGCUUCGCCAAGAACCCACAAUGUUACCACCGCUGCCUCAACUGCCGGAGCUGCCACUAGGGUUAGCGGAACCUGUGAAACUUGUCAAGCUUGCAGCUUUGGAGAGUAGGCUCAUCGGUUUGACUAAUCAUGGUCAUGUUCUCUCGAUUCCUGUUGAAAGCGAUGUUGCCGUUCGGUCUGAGAGAUGGGAAUAUCUUCCUAACUUCUCUGAAGUCGACAAGGUUCAGCAGCACCCCGCUUAUGUUUCUUCCCAGUUGAAGCCGCCGCAGAGCUUGCGAAUAUCUCAUAUCUCUGCGCAAUUUCAAACCUUUGUUGCUUAUUCUCCCGGUUCCAGUUCUGUCAUUCUCUUGGGUUCUCACAAAACACAUGCCAAUUCGAAUCCUUUGAUUCUCCCUGCACUUCAAAACAACGACGUUAUCUCUGUUGUUCUUGGAGAUUACCAUUACGGUGCUCUUACAUCCACCGGGAAGCUUUUGACAUGGGGUGAAUAUUCUCGAGGUGCACUCGGCCUCGGUGAUCCUGGCCAGCUUCCUCCCGGUCAGCCAGGGGGAUACGGGACUGAAGCACACAGGAGCGCUGCUGUCGCCAACGGCGGUCCGUAUCCUCCGGGCAUCUCCGAGCCCGCGGAGGUCAGCUUUGGUCACGGGAAAGCACAGAGGGAUAAGAUGUUCUGCUUUGCCAUAGCGGCUGCUGGGUGGCACAUGGGAGCUCUCGUCAUUGAUUUGGAGGUGAGAUCUCGGCUGACUGGGUUCUGA